AUGGAGGACGGCUUGAUCUCGCCGUUACUGCGCUCGGAUAGUCGCAUGGGUCCCAUCCUCCCGUCGCAUCACGUUCCCUGCGAUGACAGCACGUCGCACGUGUCGCAUCAUCCCGCCAUGAUAGUGGCGCUGGACGUGGGCCCCGAGGUGCCGUGGGUGGGAGUGUCCCCCUGGGACGGGCUGCAGCUGGGCGACCUCGUCGCGCCCUUCUUCCUCUUCGCCUCGGGCGCUGCAGCGGCGCUCACCUUCAGAGCCGUGCACAGCCGCACUGCCUCCGUGCAUAGGAUUCUCAGACGCGCCUGCUGCCUCUUUCUCCUUGGCCUCUUCCUUGAAGGUGGCUUCCUGCACAGAACAGGGGACCUGAGUUUCGGCAUCAGUCUGACGCGCAUGCGCAUCUGCGGCACGCUGCAGCGCAUAGCCAUUGCGUACACGGUGGUAGCACUGGCGCAGGUGCUGCUGUCCGCACCCAAGGAUAGCCACACAGAGGGAUAUGGAGAGGGGCUUUCCGGCUUGUUAUCCUUCUCCCUCCUCACCUGGCAGGCGUCGCUCAUGCUAGCAGCCAUCUACCUCGCGCUCACCUUCCUCCUCUUCGUGCCUGACUGGACCUUCACUCCCCCCACCUCCUCCUCCCUCUCUGCCGUCAACUCAACCUUCCUUCCCCACGCUAUGUCACCUGCCAACAGCACGUCUCAAAACCUACUGGUGGUGUGCUCCCGCUCUGGAGACCUCUCCCCUGCCUGCAGUGCUGCGGGCUACAUCGACCGCUUGCUGCUCACCACCAAUCACCUCCUCGCCUCGCCUCCCUACACCCACCUGCCCGAGUGCGGUGUUCCCUCCACUCCGUUUUCGCCUCCCUCACUCCUCGCCCUCCCAUCCUCUGGCGACCAGGCACCCCCUGUGUGGUGUGCUGCACCCUUCGAGCCCAUGGGGCUGCUCAGCACACUGGGCGCCACGCUCACUGCCUUCAUGGGCUUGCACCUGGGCCACAUCAUCACCAGCUUUCAGAGCCAUGCAGCGCGCAUCUUCAACUGUCUCCUCUUCUCUGCUCUCCUCAUGGCGGCCGGUUUCCUCCUCCAGUUCCCCUUCUCCUUCUCCCUCCACCACGCCAUCCCCCAUGCAAACAUCCCCGAGUGGCUGGACAUAUCCUACCCUGCUCCUCACAGGCUGAAUCUGGUUCUCUACGAUAAAGGCCCGUCAACGAACCUGCUGCAUGUCACGCUGGUCAUCACAGCAACCAUCUGCUGCUGGCUCUCGUGGGCGAUUGUGUACAUGGCACAGAUGCAUCCCCUUGUGGUGCCUAUACUCAAGGCGGAAGGAGAAUAA